UGUUUUACAGAUGAAGACACUGGGCCUAACGAACGUGUAGCUUGACUGAAGCCCUACACACCUUUUGAGUAACUGGACUCCAGGGCUCGAGGCCUUGGUUACCACACCAGGAGCGCAGUGCCAGUUUAACCCACUCACUGUAGAGACAGUCUGCCAGAGAGCCACAAUGGACACAGCUAGCCAUAGCCUUGUCCUUCUACAGCAGCUGAACAUGCAGCGAGAAUUUGGUUUUCUGUGUGAUUGCACAGUUGCCAUUGGAGAUGUAUACUUCAAAGCCCACAGAGCAGUGCUUGCUGCUUUUUCUAACUAUUUCAAGAUGAUAUUUAUUCACCAAACAAGUGAAUGCAUAAAAAUACAACCAACUGACAUCCAACCCGACAUAUUCAGCUAUUUGUUGCACAUUAUGUACACGGGGAAAGGGCCAAAACAGAUUGUGGAUCACGGUCGUUUGGAGGAAGGGAUUCGAUUUCUUCACGCCGACUACCUUUCUCACAUUGCAACAGAAAUGAAUCAAGUGUUCUCACCAGAGACUGUGCAGUCCUCAAAUUUGUAUGGCAUUCAGAUCUCAACGACCCAAAAAACAGCUGUCAAACCAGGGCUGGAGGUCAAAGAAGCUCCUUCCAACAACGGUGGCAACAGAGCUGCUGUCCAGGGUGACCACCCCCAGUUGCAGCUCUCUCUCGCUAUUGGGCUGGAUGAUGGCACUGCAGAGCAGCAGAGGGCCCAUCCUGCCGCCCAGGCCUUGGAGGAGCAUCAGAAGCCCCCAGUGUCCAUCAAGCAGGAGAGAUGUGACCCAGAAUCUGUGAUCUCCCAGAGCCACGCCUCACCCUCAUCAGAGGGGACAGGUCCCACUUUCACUGAAAGCAGUAUCAAAGUACACUUAUGCCAUUACUGUGGGGAACGUUUUGAUUCCCGAGGUAACCUAAGGCAACAUCUCCAUACCCAUGUGUCUGGAUCCCUCCCGUUUGGUGUCCCUGCUUCCAUUCUGGAAAGCAAUGACCUUGGUGAAGUGCAUCCACUUAAUGAAAAUAGUGAGGCUCUUGAAUGCCGCAGGCUCAGCUCCUUCAUUGUCAAGGAGAACGAGCAGGAGCCUGACCACUCAAACCAGGGGGCCACAGAGCCCCUGCAGAUCAGUCAAGUGUCUUUGAUCUCCAAAGACACAGAGCCAGUAGAAUUAAACUGUAAUUUUUCUUUUUCAAGGAAAAGAAAAAUCAGCUGUUCCAUUUGUGGUCAUAAAUUUCUCCGAAAAAGCCAAUUGCUAGAACACAUGUAUACACACAAAGGUAAAUCGUACAGAUAUAACCGAUGCCAAAGGUUUGGCAAUGCGUUGGCCCAGAGGUUUCAGCCAUAUUGUGACAGCUGGUCUGAUGUCCCCUUGAAAAGUUCUCGCUUGUCACAAGAACAGUUAGAUUCAUCUUGUGCCUUAGAGUCAGAGCUCCCACAAGAAAAUGUGGACACUAUUCUUGUGGAGUAGCAGUUUCUCCUUCACGAUUUUUAUAUCCAUUCUGAAAAAGAAAAUUCAUAUGCAUUUUUAUUCAUAAAUUAUUUUCCUCCUCAACUUCUAUUAACUUUUUUCCUUACCAUUGAUCCACAGUUUUAAGGUUGUAUAUAUUAGGUCUUCUUAUUGUAAGAUACAUAUGACUAUUAAAAGGUAACCUUCAAGUAGAGUUACGAACAAUCAUAAAUCACAGUUCAGAAAUCAGAAGUCAAUAUAGGAACUAUGGAACUUUAGAGUUAAUAUUUAUAGAAUUUUUAAGUUGUAGAAUCAGUAAAAUUGAAUUGAAAAUGAAGUAAAUGAAAUAUUUUUUAAAGAAUAUUCUAGACUAUCAGUUUUGGCUAAUUUUUCACAUGAAUACGCCACUAUGAAGACUAUUUAAAAAUAUUUUUGGCCAUAUAGGAAGUUAAAGUUAUUUUACUGCAUAACUAUGUAUACAGAUUUUGGUUUUAAGGCAUAGCUAUAAUAAAUCAAAAGUAGCUUUAAAAUCACUUUUUACUUAUUAGCUCUGCAGCAUCUUACAUGGCUUUUAAAUUUUUUUUCACAGUGGGGCGCCUGGGUGGCUCAGUGGGUUGGGCCUCUGCCUUUGGCUUGGGUCAUGAUCCCAGAGCCCCACAUUGGGCUCUCUGCUCAGCGGGGAGCCUGCUUCCUCCUCUCUGCCUGCCUCUCUGACUACUUGUGAUCUGCCUGUCAAAUAAGUAAAUAAAAAUCUUAAAAAAACAAAAUUUUUUUACAUUGAACAUACCUCAUUUUUAAUAAAAAAUAUUCUAAUAAAAAGAGAGGAAGGCAGAGGAAUCAGACAUUAAAACAAAGUCCUACAGAGAGAAAUAGGAAGAUACAAAGAUCGAUAAAUGUAGAGACAGAUUCAGAUAGAUCUACACUGACUAACACCCAGUGUUGUUACCUUAAUCUAGAGCAUUCUUAUAGACCCUAAGAGUAAUUUGAGAUUUUUUUUAUGACCAGAAAUUUACAUCAGUGUUAAAGAGGAAAAUGAUAAAAUGUAAAUUACCUUUCUACUCUCAAUGUCCGAGGAUUUUCUAGGCUGCCCAAGUUGAUGUUAGUUUUCUACAUAUCACUUGAAAAAGUUGUUUUUUCAAUAACACAGUUUUCAUUUCCUAAUCCAUAAAACUAGCAGUAGAUACAGUCAAUGUCCUAGAGCUAUGUCUGAAAUCCAUGAUAGCUUUUCCUUUGUGAAUAAACUUAGCUCCCUUUUAUAGCAGUGAAACUUACAAAGCUAUAACAUCGGAAAAAUUAAAACUGAUGGACUAAACGA